AUGUUCGCCUUACGGAAGUUCUGCGGCACCUACGGCAACAAGACCAUGACCCAGCCUGCCCUCAAGAUGCUUCAGUCGAUACCACUCGUCCACUCUGCUCUAGCAGUCAAGGCGGCAGACAAGAUGUCUGCAGCACAGCGGAACCUGGCAGCGUCAAAGUGCAUGCAAGGGAUCGCGGUUCCUGGUUUCAUCAAGCUGAUCGAGCACGCCCUGAGCACCAUGGACGGGCCGCUGCAGAUGCCUGACAAGUGGAAGGAUAUGGUGUACUACACGACCCUUGGUUUAGGUGUGUAUCUAAUGUGGCUACAUCAACUCGUAACACGUACCGAAGACUCAUGUUGUGUUGUGCUGGUCGUGUGAUGGCACGCCCGACCAUCAUGUGGAAUGUAGCAAAUUGUUGCAACGGCUUUUUUUUUAUUUUGAUGCAGACGUACUCGUGAACACAGCAGUAGAGUAGGCAUGCCAUGCGAGUGAAAGGGCCCACUUGCGGGCCUUUUCUGUCCACCGAAUGAGAAAUACAGGUGCUGUGGGAGAGGUCGAUUGAACCGGAGCUGGCAUUUGGCAUGUACGACGCACAUUCAUUAUCUGAAGAGGAAUGUAGAUGGUUUUGAUCAAGCGGUUGCAGGUGCACCACGUGUGGUGUUCGUGAGUGGCAGUACCAGCGAUCCACCUGCCACCUGCUAUUUUGAGGAUUAUGGAUAGUUCUAGCCACCUUUUGCAACACGGUUUGGAAUCAGGGUUCGUUUUGCUGGCAACAGCAAUAGUGGUAUUCGCGAAAGUCUUGCUGGCAACAGCAGUAGUAUUCGCGAAACCAUUCACCUCCCUCCACCGGUGUCUCCAUGCAUGCAUGCAUGUGGUUUAUGGUUUGCGGCCCAUGCGUGUUAGAUGUCUGGGCGUUACUCUCUGAAAUGGGAAAGUCUAAGCCAUGAGUCUCCGGGACGUCUGCGAUUUGUUUGUGGGUGGAGACGCAGACAGACACACACCGACACCAAAAAAAAAAAACACCGACAUCACCCGCAGCAGCAGCAGCAGCAGCAGCAGCGGAAACAGCACUAUUAGUCGACAACACCUCUGCUUGUAUAGACAUUCCAGGCCCGAACGAAUUCGCUGCCAUGCAUGAAUCCGAGGCAAGAGGGCACACGUUGACGACACGUUCACCACGAGACAAGGCGCUGCUCCGCCUCCGAAAAUGCACACAAAUAGCGGACUUCCUCUCGCUCCCACACGCGCUGUUGCCGUUUGAAAUGUAUCGCAGGCACCUCCACGGCGAAGACCUUCAUGGAGAAACCGUCGACCGUCUUGACCAAGUUCAAGAGCUACAAGGCCAGUACACGAAAGUGUGGCUCUGGCUUGACACGUAAGUUUUGCGGGCAAGUCAGAUUCUCAGCGCAGCGUAUUUCCCUCUCUCGUGGCGUCGCACACUCCGAAAACCGGGAGACGAAAGCAAUGCAACCCUAAUUUCGUGUGUGGAAAACAAAAUCGACGGUGCUUGACGUGAGGAUCUUCGUAUAAUCACGAGGGUUCUACAUGCCUGUGUUGGUCAAGCAUGGGUGUGCGUGCGUGUGUUUGUCGUUAAGUAGUCUACAUCAAACGGGAGGAUGAAGACACACACACUUUCAUUGGUCAGCCGGUUAGCGCGGUCGAUGCCAAUAUUUAUAAUAUAAGCACACACAUGCCGACAGAGACAUGGACAAGGGAGGCGGGAGACACACCACCGGGAGAGCGAGACGGGAGGGUGUGCCCUGUACUACUGCUGUUGGCUAUCGUUGGAGUAAGCGAGAGAAGAGAAGAAUCGUUUGGUUGUUGUGCGUCGUUGUUGUUGCGCGCUUUUUGCCAGCAGCGUUUUUUUUUUCGCAUGAAUCAGCGAGAGAGGCCCUUCUUGGAAGGGAGAGCCACACCAACACGCUACUAGACGCCACCAUUGGUUGUGCAUGCACAGCUGUGCACCUCUGUAUACUUUUGUGCGAGGGCCUACUGCUGUGGUGUGUCACCUAUGCCUUCUCGGCUAGUCUGGUCACCCAUCACACGCGUGCCUUUGACUUGCCAUUUCAAAAACAGGGAAGAAACGUUUAGACAAAGACACUUUUUUUUUUCUGCUAGAUGAUUGCCACCCCCCCCAGGACUCGAAAUGCACCAGCCUACUGCAGGUAUAUAGCUCGUACUUCCCACCCUCUAGUUUUGCCCUGCGCAAAAUGAAUGACAUGACGCAGUUGGGCGUGCCUCGUCGUAAACAAAAAAUGACGAAGCCGGGACAGCAGCAACACUAAAGGUUGAAAACUUGUUGCUACGCGUUGUCGAAAACACUGCUGUAACAUAAUUACGUAACCGCUCACCGCCAAUCCGUUUUGUUUCCUGUGCGUUUUUUUUUGUGUCAGGAACAACAAGAACACACCGU